AUGAGCCAGCGAGAUGCAUCCGGAGAGUCGCUAGAGGACUUUGCGGUAAAUGGAUCGACGUUUCGGGAAAUAGCGCACAAGUUAUGGGAGCAUUUUGGGCACCACGUGAAAGGGCGAGCUGUGAAACACAAUGGAAUUUGGUCACUUGAACCUCCUGCUGAAGACCAAUGGCAAAAGAUGAUGCAGCUUAAACUCAAUAAGCAUCUUGUCGACAGCACCAAGACAGAGGCCGCCUGGAACCAGUGGCUUGUUUCGUCACGGGGUAAAACUGUCAAGCUUCUAAUAUUUAAGUACGGAAUGGCACUUACUAAAGCGAAGGACUUGGAUAAUUUUGAGGCAACGUGUAUCCGCCCACGAGAAACUGAUCGUGCUGGAGCUACUGCUGAGGUUUCUCUUCGUGAAGUUGCAAACGAACUAGAAGCACAUUGGGGGUCCCGGUUUCAAGCCACGACCGUAACGUGGAGACUGUGGGCAAACCAUAUAACCCGAAAUCUAAACCGUUCGAACUGGAGGGAAAAACUUUUGCAGCCCCCACCAGUUCACAUCGUUCAGUUGUUACGGGCUUCGGCUACGCAAGUGGAACAAAGGAUGGCAAAUCUUACUCGAUCAGCUCGUAUGGCUCAGGACUGUGUGGUUGGGUCGCUGGCUGCCUAUGAAGCUCUGCAUCAAGAAUGGACUGCAUUUGGUGAACGCUCACAACGAGACUGGGCUGCAUUCGGUCAACGGUUAGCCGCUCACAAAGAAAACUUGACGUCAAAACAGAAUGCGAUUGAUGCAUUUCUGGGGGAUCUGGAGCUGAUACCUAUUGCGGAGGUGGUUGACCCUCUUCCACUCAUCGAGAAUAUUGACGACUUCGAGCACGCGGAGUAG